UGCAUGUACAUUGAACGCUCAAAGAAUGAGAACAUCGUUGCCUAUCAGGCGAACUUGAUUGACUCGAAGACGGGUGAGCCCGUUAAGAGCGGUGCGAACCAGUCCUGCUGUAGCUUCAACACCGCUGACCCGUUGCACGCGUACUGGAUCAAGAUCAACUCUGAGCACGUGGCUCGUCGCCGCGCUCGUGGCGAGCUGGAAGAUACUUGUGAACUUAACACAAUCGAGCGGAAGCUCGCGUACGGGUGCACGGCUUCCGUGGUCAGCAAGGAGAAGUUUCUCAGUGAGGUGCUGCCUGACAAAGCGCUCCGCGCUGCCGCGUCGAGGGAGAAGAUUGAGGCGAUCGAACAUUUGUGUGAGGAGGUGCAGCCGUGCCUGUGCAAGUUUGUGGCUCUCUCUUCGUGGUCGGUGUGGAUGCUGCGGCUGCCCCCGCUGGUGGAGGGCGCGGACGCGACGACGAACGUGGCAUCCAACACAGAUAAGGAAGCCUCUCCGCUGCCGCGCGGUGGGGAUGAGGGGCAAGCACUGCCGAUGAGAGACACCGUGGUGGUGAUGGUGGCGGUGAUUGCCGGGCAGCUCAGUGUGCUCCAGAAGGUGUACGUGGAGAGCAUCGAGCCAAAGCACUUCUAUCAGCUACCGAAGGUGGCGUACAUCGAGGUGCACGGUACGUCGCUUACAACGGGUGAACCCACCUACGAGAAGCUCACCAACUGA